AUGGAACAUCAAUCGAAUCCAUGGCAUCAGAGCUCCUCAGCCGCUAAUCACAGGCAGCUCAACCUAGAGCUCGCACUUGAGCCAUGUUCACCAUCCUCGUCAUCAUCACCAGCAUCACUCCAUCCUCUUGCAGUUCCUGCAAAAGACAACAAGCUUUACUCAUGCAACUUCUGCCAAAAGAAGUUCUAUAGCUCGCAAGCACUUGGGGGUCACCAGAAUGCUCACAAGCUCGAGCGAACCCUAGCGAAGAAGAGCAGGGACUUGUGCUCUGCCGCAAAACCUCCUGCGGCGAUCUCGAAUGGUCACCAUGUACGGCCAUCUUUUCAAUCUGUGGUUUAUGAGAAUCAGCCACGCUUGGCCAGGCAUGUUGGGGAUGAUAUGAGGUAUGCUGGGACUAAUCCGCUGUAUGGUUCAUCUUGGUCUCAAGGAUACAUCGAAGUUCCUGAUCAUGAUGGUGAUCUCCGGGAGGAUUUUAGCCAGCUCGAUUUGUCGUUAAGGCUUUGA